AUGCUUCACUUCGCGCAGAUGGUUCAUACUAAACGAAUGGCCUCGUUCGAUCGCGGGAAAGAAGCGAAUAUAAGGUGGUACGGAAGGAUUUCCAAAGAAACUCGUAAAUCAUUUUUUUUCCAGAGCUCACCUCCAGAAUACAACCUAACAAACGUUCAUUGCGAUAUCUAUCUUUUCUACUCGGACUAUGAUUGGCUAGCACCUGCAGCUGACGUGGAGCAGUAUCUCAUUCCCACAUUACCCAAGACUACUGUCAAAUUCGCGAGGAAAUUGGAAGAAUUUAAUCAUAACGACUUCUUGUGGGGGCUUCGUGCUCGCAAGGAGAUCUAUGACCCAAUUACAAAUAUAAUAAAAAUUGACUCGAGAAGGCUAACGGUUCAACGAAGCUUAAAAUCAUACUUUAAAAGGCGUCCAAAUGAGAAUAAAACCAUUGACGAAGUCUCGUACAAGCUCCGAGACAGCUUAGAAUUGGACUGA